AUGCCCCUCCACCCAGACGACCACUUCCUCUACGCCCUCAGCUCCAACAACGCCUGGGCCGGGUACAAAUCCCACCAAAACCCCCACUUCUUCCCCAAGCUCGCAGACGGGCAAACACCCCAGAUCCGUAAGCCAUUUUCCCCUCUCUCAAACAGUCCUCAAGCUAACAGACUCCCACCAGUCUGGCUAGGCUGCUCCGACUCCCGCUGCCCGGAAACCACAAUCCUAGGCCUCCAACCCGGCGACGUCUUCGUCCACCGCAACAUAGCCAACAUCAUCGCCCCAACCGACAUCAACACCUCGGCCGUGAUCGAAUACGCGGUUGCCCACCUCAAGGUCAAGCAUGUCGUUUUAUGCGGGCACACUUCCUGCGGCGGUGCCGCUGCUGCCCUGGGCGACUCCAGGGUUGGGGGGGUGCUGGAUACGUGGCUUGCGCCGUUGAGGGCGGUGAGGUAUGCUAAUAAGGAGGUGCUGGAUGCGAUGAAGGAUGAGAGGGCUAGGGGGACCAAGAUUGCGGAGUUGAAUGUUGAGGCGGGGGUCAAUGUCUUGAUGGCGAAUGUGACGGUGAGGGAGGCGAUCGAGGAGCGGGGGUUGCAGGUGCAUGGGUGUUUGUUUGAGAUUGGGUGUGGGGGACAGCAGAUUUUCGCAAGUCGGGAGUUG